AUGAGCAAUGAGCCGCAUCGUGAGGCGCCUAAUGAAUCCUCAGAGGCCAAUUCUACCCAGAACCCAAGCUCCGAAGCCAAAAUGUCGUACAACUUGAGCAAAAAUGAAGGCAAUGGCAAAGAAUUUAUUGAUAUGGAUGUUGAUACCGCUCCAUACACCCAGGAUUCAGAAGGCUAUGAUAUUUCAAGGCCUGGAAAAGUUUUGGCCGGUGAACUCAUGGAAAAUACGAAUAUCCUAAAAUCAGCUUUCCAUGUGUUCAAGGCUAACGUUGGUACUGGUGUAUUCAUGCUACCCAACUUUUACCAGGAUGCUGGCUUCGCUGCAUCUAUAUUCCUGGCGCUGAUGAUUGGUACAAUUGUGAUCGACUGCACGCAGUUGCUACUGCAGACAAAGCUGAAGAUCAAUCGGACCGAUAUUACAACCUACUCCACUAUUGCUCGGUACGUGUUUGGACCCCCCAUGGCUUGGUUCCUCUUCUGUGCACUCUGUCUAACACAAUUUGGGUUCUGUCUGAUGUAUUCUCAACUCUUCUCCGUUACUAUGGACGAGUUGUUUGCCUUUAAGAAUUCAGGUUACUUGUGGCCAACCCUGAUGCUAAUUAUUGGCUUUCCCAUGACAUGCUUUUCGCACAACCUUUCCAUGUUGUCUGCUGCCUCGGUACUCGCAAGUAUCGGAGUUACUUACGCGUUAGUAUGUUGUAUUACACGGUCUGGAAUUGUAAUCCAUAAUAACAGAAGCAGGGUUCAUCCAACGUGCAACGCAUUCGGUAGGAAUAUUCCCAUUGGCUGGUUCAAUAACCUUGCCAAUAACAUGAUGGUACUGGAAGGUAUCGGCAUCGUGUUGCCUGUGCAUGCUGCUUGUACGCAAAAGAGACUGGUUCCUAAAAUGACUGUUGUAGUUCUGGGAAUAGUUAUUGCUGUUUAUCUCCUCAUUGGCAUAAUGGGGUACGGUGCGUUUGGCAAUGAUUUAACUACCUCGCUUGUAACUGGCAUGGAUCAUGACGCCUGGGGCUUCAGCAUUCGCAUCUUUUUCAUGGUCAACAUUGUCUUCACCUACCCCGUGCAGUUCAUGUCCGCCAUGCAGUUGAUUGAUCAAGUGGUUAAAAGUACACCUCGGAGCCGACUUGGAUUAGGCUUACGCUUUGUGAUCAAUCUUGCAAUUUGGGUGCUUUCCAUGAGUCUGGGUGGAAAAGCCGUUAACAUUGUUGUUGCCUUUAUCGGUGCUAUACCCUCAACCUGGAUUGUGAUGAUCAUUCCAAGCAUGAUGCGUACUCAGGUUGAAUACGCCGUAGAGCACUCAAAUGAAGAUCGGACAACGCUGAAAUACUGGAAAGUGGCCCUUCUGGGGGUUCCUGGAAGGCGUUUCACUUGGUUGCGCAUUCGAUGUAUCGCUUAUAUCUUACUGGCGUUUCUGAUUAUGGUAAUUGGUACAUACAGCAUCUUUACCACCGAAAUUUUUACCUCUGAUUCGUGA